AUGCCUAAGUUUUAUUGUGACUACUGUGAUAUGUAUCUGAAACAUGAUUCUCCAUCUGUGAGAAAGAUACACUGCAGUGAUCAGCAACACAAAGAGAAUGUGAAAGACUACUACCAGAAAUGGAUGGAAGAGCAGGCCCAUGAUCCCACCUCCCCCCAGUCUCCCGGUCCUCCUCGCCCUGGCAUGAUGCCUGCACCCCACAUGGGAGGCCCUCCCAUGAUCCCAAUGAUGGGCCCUCCUCCUACUGGGAUGAUGCCCAUGGGACCUGCUCCUGGAAUGAGGCCACCCAUGGGAGGCCACAUGCCCAUGAUGCCUGGGCCUCCAAUGAUGAGACCUCCUGCUCGACCUAUGAUGGUGCCCACUCGGCCUGGCAUGACUGGGCCAGACAGAUAA